AUGGAGAAAGAUCAGACGCAUCUCAGGGCGUUAGAAUCCAUAGACACAAACUCAUUGUCUUUGCUCUCUUCAAAUACCAGUUCUAAUACGAACAGUAACACCAACAAUAAACUGAGUCUUACUACUAGUGACUUAUCUACAGGGUCUAUACUAAAUAGACCAGUGACUCCUCCUGUAAUCCAAGACACCGAAAAUAACUCCAUGUUUCAAUGGCAAUUCGAGAAAAGGGAAUUUAUUUUUGACAGUAAUAGUACGCCUUCUAAACAGACAAAACCGCUACAAAAAACUUCCCCAUAUCAAGGCCAAAAUCAACAGUUGCUGAAUGUAAGAAAGCGACGUUCCCAGCUAAUAGGUGCAAAGCCUAAAGUUCCAUCAAAAUUGUACCAAUCCGUAUCUAAAUUAGAUUUAAUUGACGAUAAGAAUUUCACGUCUUUGCCCAUCGCACCUCCAUGCAAUAGUGAGGAAAUCAAAGACGAGAAUGACGAUGAUGAAUAUAAUAGCAGUAACAAACGACCUAGAUUAAAUCCAAUAAAAGAACUACGAGUACACAAUAACAAACGUAAUAGGUAUGUCAGUUAUGGGCCAAUAUUGGAUACAAGAAACUUUGAGUUAGCAGAAAGUAUGUCCCAAGAUACUCAACCAUUAGUCUUAGUUGAAGAUUAUAUAGCCUAUACCCAAAAUAAGUCAACAAAGAAAAUGGUAUCUAUUUCAGACUUGAAAUCCAAACUGGAUAAAAGAAGCGAUAACCAUAUUCCGUUGAGAGUAAGAACUUCAUGUUCUAAAAUUAAUCGUGAGGCAAACAGAAAUAGCCUCGAACCGAACUCGUUAACACUAAUACCCCAUAUCUUAAAAAACACAGGAGAAAGCACUAAUGAGAUUGAUAACCCUAUGGAUUUUAUUAAAGAGGAAAGUGAAGUUAGUAAUACGUCCAUACCAGAUUCAAUAGAGAAUAUGGUAGUCAAUUUGAUUAAUAUUCCCUCUACAAAUAAAAGUUAUGAUGAUCUCUAUUUAUCAGAAUUAGAUGUCCAUUCCCAGCUCAGAAAAUGUGUGAUUUGUGAAAAAGCUUUGUAUGAAAUAAGUUCAAAGCUUUUAAACUCAGGGCACUACAAAGAAAUUGUAUGUGAACAAUGCACAGUUAAAUACGAAGAAGCUGCCAAAAUUUUUGAAAACUGCGAGUUUGAAUCUUCUACUGAUGAAUCAAAUUUAAGUAACGGUACGUUUAGUGAUCUCGAUAAUUCAGCAGAAUCUUUCCAUUUAUCAAUAGAUGCUCCAAUAGGAAUAAGUAAUCAAAGGGAAGAUAAUAAAAUGAACUAUAAAAAGGAAAUAUCAAAGAAAAAAGAUAGCUUCUCUAGAGAGCUUAUAGAACGGUUACAAUUGCAGUUGCUCGAGAAUGAUAAGCCGAAUAAAAAUCGUCUGAAUAAAGAUAUAAUGGGCUCAAAAUCAAUGAAUUGGUUUUUAGAAGCGAGGAGGAAAUUGAAGUGGAAGUGGAGAAUAAACGGCUUGCUACCACAUUUCUUGGGUAACCAAAAUAACGACCGUUUGAAUUUUCAAUCUUAA